UACAGCAUAAAAAGGACAGCAGAGGUACCUCAAACACUGGGAAAAGAGAACAUGACAAUGAUUCUGCUGUGUCUGUUCAUGUAUUUUUGGACAGAAGUAUUAAGUGGAAAUUCAAAAACAUCACCUUUGGUAGUGACUGAUGUGAAAUUCUGCUUUAAAGAUUUGAAUAUCUUUCUGCUCUGGAAGCCGGGGAAUGGAAGUAAUCUUACAAAAUAUUAUGUGCAAUAUGGAAUUUAUGGUGACAAAAUGGAAACCAAAACAGACUGUUGGGGUAUCUACUCAACAUUAUGCGAUUUCACAAAUAAUGUGACUGCCUAUAGAGAUCAGUAUGUAGCCCAAGUGAUGGCAGAGAGUCAGCAGAGUUACUCCACUUGGACAAUGACGGAAAGACUGUUUACACCAUUUGAAGAAUUGCCCAUUGAAACUCCAGCUUUUACAGCCACAUUGGAUUCAGAGAACAUAUUAGUAAAUAUAAACCUCACCAAUGAAAAUCAAAAUGUGUCAAUAAUGAAAGAGAUAGUUUCUGAUUAUGAGAUCUAUGUUAAAAAAGACAAGAAGGAAGAUGUGACCUACAGAAUCGAACAUGACUUAAAGCUUACAAGAUUACAUCCAGGGAUAAAGUAUUGUAUUUCUGCUGCAACUAGGUAUUGCAUGGGUAGAAAAUGCAGAAAAAGUAGCCAAAGUAAAGAGCAGUGUCUUGAAAUAAUAAAAGGACCAAAUUUCACAAUGAUAGUUUCUUUAACAGCUGGAUUAUUUGGCGUUUUACUUUUUUUUGUACUGAGUGCCUUUUUAUAUGUUAUUUACAAGUACACAUUUCGACCCAAAGCAAAACUACCUGCUUCCUUGAUAACAAUGCCUAACCAAGGUGAAAAGAAAUCAGAUAUUUUUGUAUCAAGCAAACAUCAAAGUAAUGAUAUUGAAGAUAUGUCUAAAGAGAACAAGAAAAUGACAGCAAGGAAAAAUAAAUAUAUCAGGUGUCCAGUACGUAAAAUGUUGGAAGCUGAUCAGGAGGCUUCACCUACCAUCAUCCUAAAUGAAUUAUAUGGUGUCACACAGUGUACUGUUCUGGGGCCUUCCACACUAGCAGCCACCAUUUACAAAGCCAAUUCCAAGUUACAAACUCAGUAUGAUGGAUUGAUACAAAAUGAAUAUCAUAGAGAAUAUGGCAACGUCCUUCAGAGCACGCCUCAGUAUAAGCCUGGUGCAUGUCAUGUGUGCAAGAAUGCUGAGCCAGCCAGAAAACUCUCUUUAUAUGGCAAUGUGUUUAAUGAGCAAAAGCAUGCAGACUAUUUCAACAAGCCAUCAGAAGAAAAAUGUUUUAUUAAUGCUGUUAAUAGAAAAAGCAAGACAAAGUAUACAUAUGAGAACAUAGGCCAUUUGGAAAGCAAAUUAGAUGUUGAUAGUUUGGAAAAAGUAACAACUCAUCCAGUCUACAACAACGUAGCCUAGGGCAUUCACUAACCGUAUUUGAAUGAUAUACACUUGCUGUAAUUCAAAUAUUUGACAUGAUUUAAAUAGAUAUUUUGCAUAAUUUAAGUAUUGACAAAAUUUCAAAAUGUACACAGACACAUGCAUAUAUAUAUUGUUUAUAUAUCAUUUACAUUAGUAUUUUAUUGAUUGCACAGCAGUAUAGUACAUGUCUUAUAUAAGGAAUUGCAAUUGCCUAAUUAUUACAUUACUUUUGCAUUUAUAUUUGUUUGAACAUGACCAGGUCCAAAUGUAAUUUAUUCUAUUUUAGAAAGAUUGAUUAAAAUGGGGCGGCACAGUGGCUGCCUCACAGUAAGGAGACCUGGGUUCGCUUCCCGGGUCCUCCCUGUGUGGAGUU